UAGUCCUGGCAGUUGGAACACAGCUCCCUCCACCCCGCCCUCGCCGCCUCUCUAAUCUCAAAAUCCACAAGGGAAGAUCUGUGUCGCCUCUCCUGCUGCUCUGAAGGAGAUGCUCUCUCUACUUGACGGGUCGAUUUUACACGGAGGAGACGCACACCGUCCGCUGCUGCAGUCCAUCCGCUGUUCAUCCUUUGCCCGUUUCAUAUAGGCCUACACCGUUGCCAUUUAGACGAUCGGAGAGCGGAACAUUUGAAAAGUGGGUCCGAUGGCACAGUGGACAAUACUUGUGUUGUCUUUAUACGGAGUUCUGCAUGGACAAGAGAUUCAGCUUCCUACUAUACAAAAGUGCUGUCAGGAUGGGAUGACUCGGGCCCAAAAUGGACAAGUCUGUACAAUCCUCCCGCUCAUCUCCUCCUCCCACAUCUGCAUGAUCGCCCAGGAGCAGUGCUGUGCAGCAGCAGUAAGAGACCGACUCUGUGACAAUGGCAUGGAGAUGGCCAAGGGGCAAGGGGCCUGUGAGAGGCCCUUCUUCGAAGGAGAUCCUUGGGAAACCAACAUCUCUAAGAUGUGUUGUGACUGCUGUAUGCUCGGCCUGAUGAUGGCAAGCGAGGGUUUGAGCUGUGAGCGCCAGGGUUUGUUGCUGGGGAGAUGGUGUGCGUACCCAGCUAAAACCUGCUGUGGCAAAAACACAACAGAGGAAACCGAACCAAGUACUACUGUGACAGAAAAGCUUGAGGCCGGAGUUACCGUUACCCACAUGCCUCCUGAGGGAUUGGACCCCUGUAGAGACUCCAAAUGCUCCCAGUUGUGUGUAGGUGAUGGUUUAUGUGCUUGCCUUGGUGGUUAUCAACUGCAAAAUGAUGGAGUGACUUGUGAGGAUGUUAACGAGUGUUUGAAUGGCGGUCACAACUGCGUCCUCGGCCAAGUUUGCAUUAACACCGAGGGUUCCUUUCGCUGUCAGAGGGAAAGCAGCUGUGGCACCGGGUAUGAACUCAGAGAUGACAACAAUUGCCAAGACAUUAACGAGUGCACUUUGGGGACCCAUAACUGUGGAGCGGAAUUUGUGUGCACCAACACAGAGGGCUCGUUCCGCUGCCACCCAAAGGAGAGGUGCUCAGGCGGUUUCCUUCAGGACGCCGUCGGCAGCUGCAUUGACAUAAACGAGUGUGUGGCCCACACCAGUCCAUGCCUGCCUGGCCAGACGUGUAUCAACACAGUGGGCUCCUACAACUGUCACAGAAACAUAGUCACCUGUGGACGCGGCUAUCAUCUGACUGAGGACGGCACGCGUUGUGAAGAUGUGGAUGAGUGUCGUACAGGGAACGUGUGCGUCGACCACGGUUGUGUCAACCUGGUAGGCUUUUACCGCUGUGAAUGCAGAACUGGCUUCAUCUUCAACAUUAUCACCAAACUGUGUGAUGUCUGUGCCCUGUGUUUAGACAUCAAUGAGUGCAGGCAUUAUCCCGGGCGACUCUGCACCCACAAGUGUGAGAACACAGAGGGGUCCUACAAGUGCAGCUGCACCCUUGGCUUCAAGCUGUCCCAGGACGGCAGAAACUGUGAAGAUGUCGAUGAGUGUGAAGCCAACCCUUGCAGCCAGGAGUGUUCAAAUGUCUAUGGCUCGUACCAGUGCUACUGUCGCCGUGGUUACCAGCUGAGUGACAACGAUGGGAUAACAUGUGAAGAUAUUGAUGAGUGUGCUCUGCCUACCGGAGGUAAUGUGUGUUCCUACCGCUGCUCCAACGCCCCGGGAAGUUUUUACUGUACCUGCCCACCCACAGGCUACACACUAGCACACAAUGGACGCACAUGCCUAGACAUUGAUGAAUGUGCAGCUGGUAGACAUACCUGUUCUGUCUCCGAGAGCUGCUUCAACGUCCAGGGAGGAUUUCGCUGUCUGUCCUUUUCAUGUCCUCCAAACUUCCGGGUAGCAGCACAAGGAUCCAAACAAGAUGCUUCAGUCAAUCUGCGUUGUAGUAAGGCCUGCCAAGCUUAUGACAUCAACUGCAGUCGCGACACCUCCCACCUCAUCACCUACACCUCCAUCUCUCUGCCAACCUUCAGAGACUUCAGUAAACCAGAAGAAAUCAUUUUCCUGCAGACAGUUACGGCGGAUAACCCUGCUCCUCUCCCCGGAGCCACCAGUAUUUUCUUUGACAUCCUGGCUGCAGAUGAACAGUUUUCUUUUGACGUGGAGAAGCGCUCCCACAAGGGCAUGAUUAUGGGUGUGGUUCGGCAGGUGAAACCUAUCACUGGCCCCAGGGACUUUGAGUUGAAGGUGGCUAUGAACUAUGUCAAGUCAGGGGUCAUUACCCAUAGUAAUGCUGUCAACAUCCAUGUCUUCAUCUCGGAGUUUUGGUUCUGAGGGAGGGAACGAUACUCCAUCACCAAUACAACACAUAACGUGGCAAAUAUAGUUUUUAAUAUCUGGAGGACGCCACACUUAUCUUGCUGAACAUUUAAAAACACCUCAAAUGUUAAUGCUGUUGCAAGAUGAGAUCAUUUCAUUUGCAAAUCUUUUAGAUGUACUGAAAACAGUUACAGAAGCAGUUUGUGACCCAUCCAGGUAAUUAGUUACCAAUAGGUCUUUGUAAUUUUCAACACAAUAUACACAUAUUAUUAUUAUUAUACCGGUAAGACAAGAACACAAAAAGAUACCGGAUUUGAUUUUAUUAGGAUCCCCAUUAGCUGAUGCAGAACAUUAGCUCCUCUUCCUGUAUAAGUAAGUAGUUACAAAAUAUGGAUACAGGCUUAGGGCCCUUAGAUUUAGAUUAGAUUAGACUAAGAGCCAUGCUGGCAGCUCUGUACUUGGGGACAGUGGUGCUUUGAGUUUCAUGCUAAUUUAAGCAUGCUUACAUGCUCAUUUCCUCAUUUUAGUCAGUUAGCAUGCUAACAUUUGCUAAUUUGCACUAAAAACAAGCUGAGGAUGAUGGGAAUGUCAUAACUGUUUAUUCAGAAACCUAAGUAUUAGAAAAGGUGAGAAUUUGACCUGGUGGUGGCAUUGGAUGAUCAGGGGAUCUCCAAAAUUAUUAGGAUACACCUAACCUGACUCCGCCAGAUGGAUCGCUUCGCAUUUGCUCGGCAUAUCCAUCUGGGAACUUUCCGUUGGAGAACUUUUGGGAAGGGGCGGAAAUACUGGUUAGUUGAUUGGAUGAACCAUCUGUCUAUCACCUAUGUUGGUGAUAGACGGGCCAAAUCAACCAAUCAGAUCCACGAAGCGUAUGAAAAUACAACCACAAGCCCGCCCCUGCUGCUGCAGGCAAAGCAUAGCUCGUUAGCUCAGCAUGCAAACAACAUGUCGG